CGUCGCCAAGUUCUUCGUGGUUGUGAUGUAAUUGGGAUGACAACAAACGGAGCGGCAAAAUUUCAAACUUUAAUUCGCUCUAUUGGACCACGUAUAAUUAUUUGUGAAGAAGCAGGCGAAGUCCUGGCGGCACAUAUUUUGAGUUCACUAACACCAGCAACGCAGCACAUGAUCCUUAUUGGUGACCAUAAUCAGGCAUAUAAAAAAAUUUUUUUUGAUCUUCGUCCUCAUUGUGCUACAUACUCUUUAACAUGUGAUUCGAAAGUUGGAUGCAAUUACGCUCUUGAUAAAAGUCUGUUUGAGCGUCUUGUUAAUGGUGAUCAGGCAAUGCGUCUAGAAAAAUCGCAAUUAUGCACACAAAGGAGAAUGAGAGGAGAAAUUUCUGACUUGAUCCGGCAAACUCUUUAUGAAGAACUUGUCGAUAACGAAAAUACUGUUAGUUAUCCAGACGUACGCGGUGCUCAGAGAAAUGUUUAUUUUAUGGAUCAUC